CGCAACUUGCACCAUCUAAUCAUCUCUAGCGCGACUCUAUGCUGACUUGUGGAGUGGCCUCAGCACGAGCAUCAAAGUCACCAUUCACGCGCGCAGGACGACAACGACUCUGGAGAGCGCAAAGACGACAACUUCUACCAACGCGCCGGCUUCAUAGCCUUUGCACUUAUCAAAACCAAUCAUGACAGACCGACUCCCACAUAACCUGCUGGCGCUGUUCCAGCCGCGCCCGCCUCUCCGAUUUAUGCCACCUGCCGAUUUUGCGCCUGGAGACCGCAGAACACAUCGCAUUGACGGCGUCGCCCAGUUCGUCCCUGCGCUCAAACAGAAAGUAGAAGAAGCCAAGACUGAGACCAUCACCGAGUGUGGUCUGCAGAAGCGCGACCGCAUGAUGAUAGAGAAACAAGCGAAACAAAAAUGGCUGCUCGAGGAAGGCCACAAGGAGAUGUACAAGCCUGGCGAGGAUGAGAACAUCCGUGGCGAUGCAUUCAAGACACUAUUUGUCGGCAGACUCCCCUAUGAUUGUACCACCAAGGACCUUGAGAAGGAGUUUGGACGCUUUGGACCCAUUGAGAGAGUGCGAAUUGUUACGGAUCGCAGCGAAAAAGCGAAGGGCAAGCCUCGAGGAUACGCUUUCAUUUUAUUUGAGCGCGAGAAGGAUAUGAAGGCUGCCUACAAAGAGUGUGAGCGACUCCAGAUCCGCGGCCGUAUGGUUCUAGUUGAUGUCGAACGAGGCCGGACUGUCACUGGCUGGCGCCCACGCCGAUUCGGCGGUGGACUUGGUGGCCGGCACUAUACGCGAGCUCCUCCACGAGCUGCACCGGGCUUUGGCGGUCCACCUCCAGGUCCUGGUUUCCGUGGCGGAGGUUUCCGAGGCGGCUUUGGCGAUCGCGGCGGUCGAGGAGGUGGAUUCCGAGGCGGUCGCGGAGGCGGCGGUGGCGGCUUCCGAGGAGGUGGAGGGUACGGCGGUGUGGGAUAUGGAGGACCAGACGGCGCUCCAUCCGGACCACGUCAAGGAGGAGGAUUCGGAGGAGGCCGAGACGACCGUGGCCCACCAAGAGGCGGCGGCGGACGAGACAAUGCAAACUUCGAGCCUCUCCCACCAAGAGGAGGCGACGACCGCCGAGGAGGUGGAGGCUACCGUGAUCGAGACCGAGACUUCAGCAGUGGCUCAAAGAGGCCAUUCGAGGGGGGCUACGAUGACUCACGACAAAGACGACGCUACUAAUGGUAGCAUGGAGCGUGGUAAGAUUCUUCCCACUAACCACUCCACACCCAAGGGUAAGUAUACUGAUCGGUGCAGCUCAUGGCAGCCACUCACUUUGCAGGUUGCCUCAAGCUGCACUCGGUGGGAUGUGCUUUACACACCCUGCACAUCACUUCGAUCCCAUAGCGGCCAGCUCAGUUCAGAAGUCCAUUUUAACGGUGAGUCGGAUUACCUCCUCAAGGGUAAGGUACCGGCUCGCGCGCAAACGACAAUACUGUAUGAUACACCGACGGAACCACAGCAAAACGCGCGAUGGGCGGACAGGAUUUCGGGAGGCUCCGUUUUCCUUUUACUUGUGUUACUGCUACUUCUUUGUUGCUGUUGGGUGUUGUAUCCAUUAUGAGGCACAGACAAGUGUGGCAUUGCCAGGCUUUCGCAAGCAGAUCGGCAUGUACCUAUGUAAUAGUAGCCUCCACUCAGGUAGGUCAUUAAGAAUCGUAUGGCCACGAGCAUGACCAUGACCAUGACCAUGACCAUUGUGUGUUCAGAUCAAGAUCAGAUACCCAGCACACCUUACCCCCAGUCCCGUCAAGAAUGAGUAGAUAUGACCUCAGUUGAUGGUAUCAAGGCGAAGCCGAUAUUUUCCGAAGCUGUACCUUUGUAGGAGUGCAGUGAGCUGAGUGAGGCGGGACUUCGGCGUCCACUCAAUUGACGUUUACCGCGGGGCUUCAACCCUCCGACAAGUGCCCCUCAUCACACCAGCGGCGCUUUUUCUGGACUUGCUUUUCUCCUCGACAACAAACACAACCACAACCACCAGAUUGAUCAAGCAAAGCACACUGACUGCUUUUCACCAGACCAACCAACUCAUCAAAUCCCACACAAUCCACCGCAAUCAUGGCACGCCAAUUCUUCGUCGGCGGCAACUUCAAAAUGAACGGCUCCGUCAACACAAUCAAAGACAUUGUCUCCCACCUCAAUGCUGCCAAAGUCGACCCAGCCACCGAAGUAGUCAUCGCUCCACCAGCCCUCUACCUCCUCCUCACCCGCGAGCACCUUCGUCCCGGAAUCGAAGUGGCCGCCCAAAAUGUCUUUGACAAGCCCAACGGAGCCUUUACGGGAGAAAUCUCCGUCGAACAACUCAAAGACAGCAACAUCACCUGGACCAUCCUCGGACAUUCGGAACGCAGAGUCAUUCUCCAAGAGACGAACCAAUUCGUGGGAAGCAAGACCAAAGUCGCACUCGACGGAGGACUGGGCGUCAUUCUCUGCUGUGGAGAGACGUUGGAGCAAAGAGAAAGCAACAAGACCAUGGAUGUGGUAUUGGCUCAACUCAAAGCCGUAUCCGACACGGUCAAAGAUUGGAGCAAAGUGGUUGUCGCCUACGAGCCCGUCUGGGCGAUUGGAACGGGUAAAGUUGCAACGACGGAGCAGGCUCAAGAGGUGCACAAGGGAAUUCGGGAGUGGAUUGCAAAGGAGUUGGGAGCCGAGGCGGCAGAGAAGACGAGAAUCAUCUACGGUGGAAGUGUGAGUGACAAGAAUUGCAAGGAGUUGGCUAAGCAGGCGGAUAUUGAUGGUUUCUUGGUCGGUGGUGCGAGCUUGAAGCCCGCUUUUGUGGAUAUUAUCAAUGCGAAGCAGUAGAUGGAUACGUUGCUGCUUGGCUUUGAACUGUCUUGAUCUGAUAAAAUCCGCCAAAGGAGGAGGAGGAGUAAGAGCAUGAGAAGAACGUCUUUUCUCACCUCUCGUCUUCUUCUACAAUUGGAUCAAGAGAUGCGCAAAAAAAGAACGAAAAUCCCUACAUAGUCAGUAAACGACCGAAGAGUUGGUUGGUUCAAUUUAUCAUGUACAUAGAAUCGUGGUGGUCAUGCUACCCAAGGUACCUGUAUGAUAUCCGCGAUUCCACCCGA